AAAGAGAAACAAACAAGGACUAAUUUUUUUCAAAUAUAGGGAAACAAAUUUUGUCUAUAAUAAGUGGAGUAUAUAUAUAUUCAAUUUUAUUGAUUUUUUUCUUUUCUUUGUCUAUAUUAAUUUCAUUGGAUUAUGAUAUCUCUAUGACAGGUUAUAUUUUGGAAUACUAUAGAAGUCUAAGUGAAUUGAUAUAGGAUUCUAUUGAAUGGAUAUAUUCAUCUUCAUUUAUCUGAUCAUUUUAUUGAACAUUGUUGAAAUUAUCUCACAAACAGUUAGUAAUCAUUCACCAACUUCAAUAUGGUUACAUAAUAAUACUACUAAUAAUAGUAAUGAUUGGAUAACUAAUAAUCUAUCUACAUUAUUCCAAAUAAUCAAUGGAACUAAUCAAAUUAAUCACCAUGGCACCUAUCAUACAAUUAAUAAUAUAUCAAGUACAUCUAUUAUGAAUUUAAUCAAUAGAAUUAAACAAGAUCGAAAUUUAUGGUAG